UGGCUCCAUUUAUAUGAAAUAUCCAGAAUAGGCAAACCCAUAGAGACAGGAAAUUGAUUAUUGUUUGCUAGGGCUGGGGUUUGGAGGGUAGAGUUAGGAAGAGUGAUAGCUAGAGGGUAUGGGUUUCUUUUACAUGUGAUGAAAAUGUUCUCAAAUUGUGGUGAUUGUUGAACAUAUCUGGAAAUAUACUAAAAAUCGCUGAAUGGUAUACUUUAAAUGGUUGACUUGUUUGGUAUGUGAGUUAUAUCCCAAUAAAGCUGUUAUAUAAAAAAAAAUCAUGCGACCAAUUAUCUCAACAAUCAAGAGACUGUGUUAAAGAUUCUUUGCUUGGCCAAACUUCAGUUAGUCUUCUGAAUCUUCUCCCAGGUCCUUGUGUGCACUUCCUUGUAAAUGCAGUAUUAGGAAGUAACACUGCCACGGCAGUUUAGCAAGAAUCCCCCACCCUCCAUAUGUGAUCAAAAUUCUUUACUCCUACCCUUGGUAUCUGACCCCCUGGCCUGCGUUCAGUGGGACUCCUGUUAGGUUGGUUCAGCCAGAAUUCCCCCCAGAACCGAUGUUUCCUCUUAGCAGUUUUCCGAACACCUGCUCCUUGCUCCUUGGCUAUAAAUCCCCACUUAUUCCUGGUGUAUUUGGAAUAGUUACGAUCGAGUUGCCUUCACCCCUUUAACUUCCGUCUUUUUUUUUUUUUUCACAAUUGAGGACACAAAACGUUGUUAUUUCAAGUCCUUGUGGCCAACAGAUUGGUGGUUUAUGGGCCAGCAUCCCUUUUUAUGCGUAAAAUAUUUAAAACGCAGCCUGCAAUGGUUGGUAAAGUGGUGAAACGUUUAGUGUGUGAGGUCGGAUCCUAGUCUGGCCGCUGGUCCUGUGGCGAUCCCCUGAGGCGGCCUGAGUUUGGGGCGCCUCGUGUCACCGCGCGCUCCUCCUCCGGGCCUGAGUCACGGUGCCGCCGGAGUCCCCACGCGAGGAUGCUGCGGUGAGCGCGGCCGGGACGCCGCGUCGGGCUCUCGGCCGCCCAGCGGCGCCGCACGGGAAGCCAGGCCGGCAGCCUCGCGCUCCCCAGCCGGCCACCAAUCCCGCCCUCCCCGGCUCCUCCGGACCUCCUCGGCGGGCGGCGGCGGGGCCUGCCUGUGCGCUCUGCGCCCGCGCCUGCCCUCCAUGGCGUUUAUCCGGAAGAAGCAGCAGGAGCAGCAGCUGCAGCUCUACUCCAAGGAGAGGUGCGCGCCCAGCUGAAGAAGGGCCCAGCCGGGGGCCUAGUCGGGGCCGGUCGUGGGGAAGCCGGCCGGAGAUCUGAGGGACGGGAGGCGGCGUGGGAGCCGGGCACGGAGGCAGGGGCCGGACGCGUGUCCAGGGCCUGGGCUGGGGGCUGUGGCGGAAACCUGAGGUCGGGGUGAGAGGCCGGGGGCCUGGUCUGGGCCGGAGCCUGCCGGGGACAGGAACUGGAUGACGGGCCAGGCCAGAUUCCACCGCGGAGCCGAGGCAUGCCGAGCUAGCCGGCAGUGCAGGUCCCGGCGGCCGCGGGCAGCUCACCCGGAAGGCCGCGCGGGGUCCGGGCGUGGAUCCCGGCACGCGAGCCCGGGCGUUCGCAGGGGAGGAUUUUCCUUGCUGCUGCUUAACUUGGAGGAGUACUACUUUGAACAGCAUAGAGCCAAUCACAUUUUGCACAAGGGCAGUCACCAUGAAAGGAAAAUCAGAGGCUCCUUAAAAAUAUGUUCAAAAUCGGUGAUUUUUGAACCAGAUUCAAUAUCCCAGCCCAUCAUCAAGAUUCCUUUGAGAGACUGUAUAAAAAUAGGAAAGCAUGGAGAAAAUGGAGCCAAUAGACACUUCACAAAGGCAAAAUCUGGGGGUAUUUCACUCAUUUUCAGUCAGGUAUAUUUCAUUAAAGAACAUAAUGUUGUUGCACCAUAUAAAAUAGAAAGGGGCAAAAUGGAAUAUGUUUUUGAAUUGGAUGUUCCCGGGAAAGUGGAAGAUGUUGUGGAGACGUUGCUUCAGCUUCACAGAGCAUCCUGCCUUGACAAAUUGGGUGACCAAACCGCCAUGAUAACAGCUAUUUUGCAGUCUCGUUUAGCUAGAACAUCAUUUGACAAAAACAGGUUCCAAAACAUUUCUGAAAAGCUGCACAUGGAAUGCAAAGCAGAAAUGGUGACGCCUCUGGUGACUAAUCCUGGACACGUGUGCAUCACGGACACAAACCUGUAUUUUCAGCCCCUCAAUGGCUACCCGAAACCUGUGGUCCAGAUAACACUCCAAGAUGUCCGCCGCAUCUACAAAAGGAGGCACGGCCUCAUGCCUCUGGGCUUGGAAGUAUUUUGCACAGAAGAUGAUCUGUGUUCCGACAUCUACCUAAAGUUCUAUGAACCUCAAGAUAGAGAUGAUCUCUAUUUUUACAUUGCCACAUACCUAGAGCACCAUGUGGCGGAGCACACUGCUGAGAGCUACAUGCUGCAGUGGCAGCGUGGACACCUUUCCAACUAUCAGUACCUCCUUCACCUCAACAACCUGGCCGACCGCAGCUGCAACGACCUCUCCCAGUACCCUGUGUUUCCAUGGAUAAUACAUGAUUAUUCCAGCUCAGAACUAGAUUUGUCAAAUCCAGGAACCUUCCGGGAUCUCAGUAAGCCAGUGGGGGCCCUAAAUAAGGAACGGCUGGAGAGACUACUGACACGCUACCAGGAAAUGCCUGAACCAAAGUUCAUGUAUGGGAGUCACUACUCUUCCCCGGGUUAUGUACUUUUUUAUCUUGUUAGGAUUGCACCAGAGUAUAUGCUAUGCCUGCAGAAUGGAAGAUUUGAUAAUGCAGAUAGAAUGUUCAACAGUAUUGCUGAAACUUGGAAAAACUGUCUGGAUGGUGCAACGGAUUUUAAAGAGUUAAUUCCAGAAUUCUAUGGUAAUGAUGUGAGCUUUCUAGUCAAUAGCCUGAAGUUGGAUUUGGGAAAGAGACAAGGAGGACAGAUGGUCGACGAUGUGGAGCUUCCCCCUUGGGCCACCAGUCCCGAGGACUUUCUCCAGAAGAGCAAAGAUGCAUUGGAAAGCAAUUAUGUGUCUGAACACCUUCACGAGUGGAUUGAUCUAAUAUUUGGCUACAAACAAAAAGGGAGUGAUGCAGUUGGGGCCCAUAAUGUAUUUCAUCCCCUGACCUAUGAAGGAGGUGUAGACUUGAACAGCAUCCAGGAUCCUGAUGAGAAGGUAGCCAUGCUUACACAAAUCUUGGAAUUUGGGCAGACACCAAAACAACUAUUUGUGACACCACAUCCUCGAAGGAUCACCCCAAAGUUUAAAAGUUUGUCCCAGACCUCCAGUUAUAAUGCUUCUAUGGCAGAUUCCCCAGUCUCUCCAGGUGAAGAGUCUUUUGAAGACCUGACCGAAGAAAGCAAAACACUGGCCUGGAAUAACAUCACCAAACUGCAGUUACACGAGCACUAUAAAAUCCACAAAGAAGCAGUUACUGGAAUCACGGUCUCUCGCAAUGGAUCUUCAGUAUUCACAACAUCCCAAGAUUCCACCUUGAAGAUGUUUUCUAAAGAAUCAAAAAUGCUACAAAGAAGUAUAUCAUUUUCAAAUAUGGCUUUAUCGUCUUGUUUACUUUUACCAGGAGAUGCCACUGUCAUAACUUCUUCAUGGGAUAAUAAUGUCUAUUUUUAUUCCAUAGCAUUUGGAAGACGCCAGGACACGUUAAUGGGACAUGAUGAUGCUGUUAGUAAGAUCUGUUGGCAUGACAACAGGCUAUAUUCUGCAUCAUGGGACUCUACAGUGAAGGUGUGGUCUGGUGUUCCUGCAGAGAUGCCAGGCACCAAAAGACACCACUUUGACUUGCUGGCCGAGCUGGAACAUGACGUCAGUGUAGAUACAAUCAGUUUAAAUGCUGCAAGCACACUGUUAGUUUCCGGCACCAAAGAAGGCACAGUGAAUAUUUGGGACCUCACAACGGCCACCUUAAUGCACCAGAUUCCAUGCCAUUCAGGGAUUGUAUGUGACACUGCUUUUAGCCCAGAUAGUCGCCAUGUCCUCAGCACAGGAGCAGAUGGCUGUCUUAAUGUCAUUGAUGUGCAGACAGGAAUGCUCAUCUCCUCCAUGAAAUCAGAUGAGCCCCAGAGGUGCUUUGUCUGGGAUGGAAAUUCCGUUUUAUCUGGCAGUCAGUCUGGUGAACUGCUCGUUUGGGACCUCCUUGGAGCAAAAAUCAGUGAGAGAAUACAGGGCCACACAGGUGCUGUGACAUGUAUAUGGAUGAAUGAACAGUGUAGCAGUAUCAUCACAGGAGGGGAAGACAGACAAAUUAUAUUCUGGAAAUUGCAGUAUUAAGUGCCUUUUCCUCUCCUGAAUAUUAAAUUGAACUCUAUUUAAUGCAUUUUUAAACCAAACUUUUAAACGGACUGGUGAAUGUGCAAUGUUAGUAAUUAGAAGUUUUACCACAUGGAAAAUUUGUGGUUUUAAACUUUCUAAAUCAUGGUGACUUCAUUGAAAGCCAUUAGUUGCCAUUCUUUUAGGGCAGAUAAAAUGUGGCAGUGUUAGGAAAAACAUGUUACACUGUAAGGCAGAUGAUCGUCCCCGUAUGAUGAUUGUCAGAAGACACGACUCAGUAGCAGAGAAUAGCUAAGAGAUAAAUUGGGCCGGGGAAACUUGUCAGAAAGCACUGAACAAUUAAGAAAUUUUCCAAGAAAAUGUGCAGUAUUCUCUGCUACUUCUGAAUCUGUUUUGUCUUCCUAAUCUAUCACAAUUGCCACCCAUCGGGUUUUGGGUGUGUGUUUUCAUAGCGUGGUUACUUUCUAUAAUGCUGUACCCAGAUUCUAAGAACCUGGAGAAGGAUUAGCAGUUCUUGUAACAGUAAGUUUACUGUGUAUAGGAACGGUUUGUAUUUCAUUACAGCUAUUCAUCUUUUCUACAUUAAAAAUAUUUUUCUCUAAAGAAA